GUUCGCAGAAGAACCUUUGCGAGGACAGAACUGUUGUUAAUGAAUUGUUCCUUGUAUUUAUGUAUUUACAUCGGAAGCCUGUUAUUGUCAGUUUCGAACACAAACGUCCGAAAUUAUGACAAAUUGAGGAAAUCGUCUUUCGAUUUAACAUCACGAAAUUCCAGCGGGUAAGGUGAAGUGCGUGAAGAGAAUGCUUAACAUUUCAAGCCAGAUGUCAGCUCAGAUGCAACUUUCCCUUCUAGAUGAAGGAGGUUUGGGUCUUCACACUGAACUGACUUCUGCAUAUUCCUCAAAAUCUUCAGAUGGUCAGUGGAUGGAGAAAAAACAAGAAUUUGAGAAGGAACAAGAAGCCAUUGUCACAACACAAUGUGAGGACAAUGAUGUUAAUGCAAAGAUGUUGCAAAAUAAGAAUCGUAAUGGAAACAAAAGAGUUUAUGAAUGCCCUGUGUGCCUUAAACGAUUUGGUGCUCCAUCCAAACUAAAAAGGCAUGGUCUUAUUCACACGGAUCAGAGGCCAUUUCAGUGUUCCAUAUGCUUUCGUGCCUUCAGAGAACGCUCUCAUCUAAAAGUACACUUCAGAUCUCACACCAACCCUUCAUCACCUGUCACAACUGCCAGAAAAAGGAUCUUUCCUGUAUCCAAGUCUUCUGAUCGCAUGUGUGCGCUUCAACUCAAAAAGAAAAGUGGAUAUCAGUGUGAAAUAUGCUUGAAAAAUUUCAGUUUCCCCUCAAAACUAACUCGACAUCUGUUUGUUCAUUUUGACGUCAAGGCUUACACUUGCACAAUCUGCAGGAAGUCAUUCAAGCAAGCCUAUUAUCUCCAUAAACAUCUCAAGGUACACACAGAAAAAAGAAACGGUAAUUCUAGGUCGUGUAGCGUCCCGCAGAAGCAAGGGGCCAAAUCUCCAACACCUGGAGCUUUUGAAUGUACAAAUAACUGCAGACUAGAUGAUGGUAAUGUGUGUUUACCUCAGAUAUUAGACUCUUUAGAGACCAAAAAGCAUGAAAAACCUGAAUGCCGGAGCAAGCUUAACCAAAACGUCCAAUUGAUAAAAUCAAAUUCAAGUACCGUAGAGAUUAAAAGCUCUGACACUUUGAAAAAUGCUGAAGUGCAGAUCCCAACCUCCAGCCCAAUUUACCUUAAGCACACGCAUAAAGGUGUGAAUCAGUGCAGCAUCUGUCUGAAGAACUUUCCAUAUCCUUCUAAGCUUGCCAGACAUAUUUUGAGCCACACAGAUGUCAGACCAUUUAAGUGUCACAUGUGCUUGAAAUCAUUUAGAUAUCGGUGGCAUCUGCAGUGCCAUGUGAGGAUCCACAAAAAAAAGGGUCAGAAUAUAAUUGCUGGUCAUUUGGAACAGGAUUGUACAGUUUCAUUUAGUAAUGCCGCAAAAUCUGAAAAACAAGAUGUGCAAAUACCCUCACAAGAUGGAGCUGAAAACUCUGCUAAAGUUCACAAAAAUCAAAAUAUGGUUAUGGAUUCUCAAUGGUGA